UCUCUCCCCCACCACGUGCUGGCCCAUCUUCUGAACACAGAUUUUAUUUCCCGCGUUUUUUUUUCCCAGCCGCUCGUGGCGCGACCGUUGCCGUUUGAAUGUUCGAGAUCCAGCCCUUCCCGCUCGCGCCGAAGACAGAUGUGGUUUUAAAUUUAAGACAGUGACCACCGAAGUUGCAAAAGUUACAGUACAGCUAUCCAUGAUCUUAACCAUGCCCCAACCAGAGCAGAAGAUGAGAUGUUAACUUCACUGGUUUGAGCCCAUCAUGGAUGCUCAAAAUCAUAGGCCUUGUGAAUUGAAGCCUUAUCAUGUGGAUCAGGCUCCAGCUACUGUGUAUUACAUCCCCAAAUUUAUCACUGUUUCAGAAGAAAACUAUCUGCUACAGCAGGUUUACAACUCGCCCAAACCCAAAUGGACUCAAUUAUUAGGAAGGAGGCUGCAGAACUGGGGUGGUUUACCUCACUCAAAGGGAAUGCUUGUUGAGAAACUGCCGGACUGGCUGGCUAAAUAUGCCAAGAAAAUCUCAUCCCUGGGACCUUUUGCAGGACAAGUUGCUAAUCAUGUGUUGGUUAAUGAGUACAAUCCUGGUGAAGGAAUAAUGCCUCAUGAGGAUGGGCCUUUAUAUUUUCCAACAGUUACCACUAUCAGCCUUGGCUCUCCAACUCUAUUAGAUUUCUAUCAUCCCAUUGAAAGAGAGGAUGAAGAGGGGAAGGUUUAUUCUCCUCAGACUGAAGAAAAUCGCUACUUUCUGUCUCUUCUUCUUGAGCCGCGUAGCCUUCUGGUGCUGCAAGAUGACAUGUAUGUGAAGUAUCUGCAUGGCAUCAGGCCAGUGACAGAGGACAUUGUCACAGAGAAGGUUGCUAACCUGAAAUCAUGUAACACAGAACUUGGAGUGGUUUUACAAAGAAGUACACGAAUAUCCCUGACUAUUCGUUAUGUGCCAAAGGUUUUAAAAACUACAAUAUUGCUGGGGAGGAAGUAAUGAGUUUUUUUCCAUUUAAAUAGCUUGUAGUACCAGGCUUUUGUCUCCUUCCUGAACAUCUAGCUUAUUUCAUAGAACAUAGUUACAGAGAUGUACCUCUGUAUUGGUGCGCCUUUCAAUGGAUUUUCCUCACACAUUAAGAAAAUAUGUCCUGUCAGUUCAUGCUGUUUUGAAAAGAAUCAGUAUAGUGUGAUACUGCUUUUACUGUGUCCAGACAUGUAUAUUUUGUAACAGCAGUCACUGAAUAGUGACUAGGAGCAAGAAUUUCUUCCCUACCUCUUCCGAUCUCCAUUGCCCCAUCCUUCAACCAGUGAAACCAGUGAUAGUAACUUUACUGUUAAAAUAAUUUAGCUCCACACAGGCACUUGCUGAUUUCUAUAUCUAAGUUCCAUAGAAGCAAGUCUGUGCCUCGGGUGAUUCAGGAAUUGCUCAAGGAAAAGCAACAUACAACUGUCCCAAUCUCCUGAGUUUUAAAAUUGAUAAAAUAAUUUGCUUGUAUUUUAAUGAAAUUGUUUCAGCUCUUUCUAAAUUACAAAUUAGGACCUGUUUAUUGUACCAUGCAAUUCAGUAAUCAGUUGAAGUGAAUAAAUUCUACAUUACUGAUA